AUGGAGUAUAAAAGUAUAUUAAUAGUUAUAGUAUAUUUAUCAGUACUAAUUACAGGUCAAUAUACUAUAAGAGGAGUUCCUGAAAGUUAUGCAGAGUUAGGUGAAAAUUAUACAUUACAAUGUACUGUUACAGAUUCCCCUAGUCUUGUAGAUUUCCGGAGAAACAAUAUUGUUUUAUGUAGUAUAUUCUCUGGAGUUUGUCAGAGUACUACACCAAUAGAUAAUAGAUAUAAAUGUGAAUGUAUCAAUAAUAACAAAACACUAUAUCUCAAUAUAAGUAAUAUAAAUAUACAAGAUGAUACAACAUGGUCUUGUAGAGGUAAUUCUGGUGGACAAGGAUCAACUAAUGUAUCAGUUUAUUAUGGUCCAGAGAAUAUAAGAUAUAAUCCUAAUAGUGAUAAUAUAGAUGUUAUAGAAGGAAAGCGUCAGAGUGUCAACUGUUUAGCUGAUUGUAAACCAGAUUGUAACAUCACCUGGUCUAAAGAUGAUGAACUUACUUUCUCACCAGAUGUAACAAGUAUCAAUAUAAUAGAAGGUAGAGAUCAAACUAUAACAUGUUUAAAUGAUAGUAUUAUUUCAGAUGGUCCUGAUGAACUUACUUUCUCACCAGAUGUAACAAGUAUCAAUAUAAUAGAAGGUGGAGAUCAAACUAUAACAUGUUUAACUGAUUGUUAUAAAUGUAAUUAUAACUGGACUGGGCCAGUUUCAUCACCAACUAAAGAUCUUGUAUUGACUCAAAUAAAAGAAAUCAGGAAGGAAACUAUAGAUGUGAAGCUACCAAUAUUAAAAAUACCAUCCCUAAAACAAGAUCUAAAUCUAUACAAGUUAAUGUACAUUGGCAUUAAUUGCUUUACUUCUGUUUUAGAUCCACCAUAUAUAACCAGUAUAACAUCUGAUGCUGUAGAUAACGAAACUGAUGAAGGUUCUGAUGUUAUAUUUAACUGUAAUGUUAAUAGUAAACCAGUAUCUACUAUAACCUGA